GUUUGAUCAUUUAUCUAAAAUAAGGAUGAUUGUAUCUAUCAAGAUUAAUAAUAAAACUACUAAUAUCAACAUGAUGUCAAGAUAAGAAAGUAACCUCCAGUUGUUUACAAUAAGUUGAUCUUUUCUACAGCUGAGAAAUGUACACAUGAUCGUAUCAGCUGUGUUUAGUUUUCAUAGGGGGUCAUUUUCUAUUUUCGAUGGUGCAGUAUAAUGCAUUCAUCUAUUUAUUAUUCAAGAAUGCUAUAAUUUUAUUAAAUAACAGUAACAAUCUUUUAUUGUUUAACGACACUUUACUUAUACCAUUUAUCAACUGUUAAAUAUGCCAAUUUCAUACAUUUUUCACACUAAAUAUAGAACUGUGAACGAGUUCCCUAAUUUCACAGAAAUAGUAAAAAGGGGAAGCUUGGACACUUUUUUUUGAAAAAUGGAAAGACAAUAGUUAUGAUUACUUAUUUAGAUAACUAUGCCAUUGCAACAAAUAAAUGUGACACCUAUUGAAAAUAAAGAAACAGAGGGUUCAUUCAAAGAAGCACAGAUGUAUAUUCGAUCAAGUAAAAGUCAAGAAGUGUAUGGCAGAAGUGAAUCACAGUCAUCUAGCCAAACUUCAACCAGUGUGGAAAUUUGCAGAAUAUGUCACUGUGAAGGUGAUACUGAAGGAGGUCUUAUCGCUCCUUGUUAUUGUUCCGGAUCGCUUCGCUAUGUUCACCAAAACUGUCUUCAGCAAUGGAUUAAAUCGUCCAACAUUCGAUGUUGUGAAUUGUGUAAAUUCCAGUUUAUCAUGCACACCAAAACUAAGCCCUUCAUGGAAUGGGAGCCAUUGGAAAUGACUGGAUUCGAAAGAAGAAAGCUGUUAUGUGCCGUGAUAUUUCAUGCGAUCGCUAUAACCUGUGUUGUGUGGUCAUUGUAUGUACUUAUUAAUCGAACUGCUGAAGAGAUACACGAAGGUGUUUUGGAGUGGCCAUUUUGGACAAAACUCAUUGUUGUUGCUAUCGGAUUUACGGGAGGAGUUGUUUUUAUGUAUAUCCAAUGCAAAGCCUAUAUGCAAAUUUGCCAAAGAUGGAAAGCUUUCAAUAGGGUAAUCUAUGUUCAAAACGCUCCUGAGAAACAACCAUUGACUUUGCAAGUGCCCGCUACAAGUGAGGGCAGCACAAGCGGAUGCCAGCUUCCCAAGCCUCGCCAGUCCAUGGAAAACAAUGGAAAUUUCAAAGACGAGACUAGUAUCGAUUUGAAAGGAGUUCGUAAUUUGCACAUAUUUUUUAAUGACGAGAGUAGAGUGUGUGUUCAAAACGAGGAUCGGGAAAGUGAAGAGAGUGAAGGAGGUCAGGAUACCUCUUGGAGGAUUAAGAUAGGGAAAGCCGAAUCUGUACCUUCACAGAGGUGUAACGAAAUCGAAAGCAAAACCCAGGGCGAUACUGGUGAAUCCGAAGAUUGUUGUAUCCCUUCCAGCUCUAAGAGCGCCGAUGUUGGUGGAGGCAGCAGCUUGAAACCCAACAACGACUCCGUACUAAAACUGCAGAUUAAGAAAGCAGAGAUUGUGAUAAAGUUUGGCGAGGCUGGCAACGGCAAUAGCGAAGACAAUAGGAACUGUUCUGGAGACCGGCAGGACAGGCAUCAAGACACUUCGGUAAAUAUCAAGAUUGAUGACAAGGAAAGGGAGCCUAUAGUCAUCGAUGUGGUGAAAAAAAAACAACCUACGGUCACAGAGGCAGCGAAGGACCCUGUCCAGAUCCGCUUCGACUUCGGUAACGAGGAGGAGAAGUGUACUGCGGAGGCGGAUCAAUCUGACUGCAAGCUGCUUCAGGUCUACGCUGCAGAGUCUGAGUCAGAUUCGGGCUCCCAUUCUCCCCUUUUGUCUAAUAAACACAACAGCUCAUACGCAGAUAAUAUUUAAAAUAUGUAAGACUGAUUACUAAGUUUCACUAAUUAUUUACAUUUAUAAUGUUGAGGGUUAAUAUUACAGGACAUUUGGUAAACAAAAAAAAAAAAACUUUAAUAUUUUAUGAUUCUAGGUUCAUUAACAUGAAUGCACUUUAUUUCCUAGUAAUUUUUUCUUGCUCUGCUGGUUGUAUAAUACAUACCAAAUGUCAUUGAAUAUUGCGCUUUUUUUUUUUUUUU